UAAAAUAGAAUAAAAUAAACCCAACCCUGCAGGCCAUGGAAGUGGAUUAAAUGGAUUGUGGGUGGAUAGAAGGCUAGAGGCUUUUUGGCCUGACAACCAGAUACUGGUGGGACCAUUUGAUGGGGCAGGAGCAGAUUUGGGGGAGAAACUGAAGCAUCCUGUCUUGGACAGAUGUUCAUUAUGAAAAGGUACCAAUUCUAUGCCCACAACUUUGUCCUGAUCCUCAUUUUAAUAAGUGAGGACACUUGUUAAACAUCCAUGUCCUCAUCUGUACGGGGUAACAAUACAAAGACCAGUUCUACUGACCUCUACAGGAGUGGGAGGGUCAAACUAAAUGGCAUGAAAGUGGUUUGUAAACGAUAUAAAGCACUCCACAGAUGUUCGUGGAGCAGACACUGAAAUAAACUCUGAUGAUUGCCAUCCUCUAUGCAAAAUCACUGCGCUAAUGAAAUCAACUCAUCUGAAAGAGAAGUGUGGGAGAAGCAGCACCUGAGUCUGGGGAUGUGGGUUCUGGCUAGGAUACUUUUUAGGUAGGUGACUUGCGUGAGUCACUUUGGGAGCCUUCGUUUCCUGCUCUGUUGGGUGAGAAUGGAGUCUAGUGCUGUGCAGAGCUCACACAGGUGGGAAGCACAAUGACAUGAUGGACGCGAGGAGUGUGCCUUGUAUGUCUAAAACAUUGCCAUCCAAUAGUGUUGCUGUCACCAUACAUGUGGAAGGUGGUGGGCGUUACAUUGCCUUUCACAAGCUCAUCUGCCUGAGCUGAGGGUGUCACUCACGAUCUCCGGGUGCUGGCCCACUGCCCGCCUUCUCAGCAGGGCCAGGUGUUCUGCUGGGGGAAUUUCCUGGGCAUUCUCUUCCCUCCCAUAGGCCUGAGAGUGCAGAGGAUGCACCUUAUCGACUACCUGCUCCUCCUGCUGGUUGGACGACUGGCCCUUUCUCAUGGCCAGCUGCACGUUGAGCAUGAUGGUGAGAGUUGCAGUAACAGCUCCUCCCACCGGCAGAUUCUGGAGACAGGUGAGGGCUCCCCCAGCCUCAAGAUCGCCCCUGCCAAUGCUGACUUUGCCUUCCGCUUCUACUACCUGAUCGCUUCGGAGACCCCGGGGAAGAACAUCUUUUUCUCCCCGCUAAGCAUCUCGGCCUCCUAUGCUAUGCUUUCCCUGGGGGCCUGCUCACACAGCCGCAGUCAGAUCCUCGAGGGCCUGGGCUUCAACCUCACGGAGCUGUCUGAGUCCGACAUCCACAGGGGCUUCCAGCACCUCCUACACACUCUCAGCCUCCCCAGUCAUGGGCUGGAAACACGCGUGGGCAGUGCUCUGUUCCUGAGCCACAACCUGAAGUUCCUUGCAAAAUUCCUGAAUGACACCGCGGCCUUCUAUGAGGCCAAACUCUUCCACACCAACUUCUACGACACUAUGGGCACAAUCCAGCUUAUCAAUGACCACGUCAAGAAGGAAACUCGAGGGAAGAUUGUGGAUUUGGUCAGUGAGCUCAAGAAGGAUGUCUUGAUGGUGCUGGUGAAUUACAUUUACUUCAAAGCCCUAUGGGAGAAACCAUUCAUUUCCUCGAGGACCACUCCCAAAGACUUCUAUGUUGAUGAGAAUACAACAGUCCAGGUGCCCAUGAUGCUGCAGGACCAGGAGCACCACUGGUAUCUUCAUGACAGAUACUUGCCCUGCUCAGUGCUACGGAUGAAUUACAAAGGAGAUGCAACCGUGUUUUUCAUUCUCCCUAACGAAGGCAAAAUGAGGGAGAUUGAAGAGGUUUUGACUCCAGAGAUGCUAAUGAGGUGGAACAACUUGUUGCAGAAGAGGAAUUUUUACAAGAAGCUAGAGUUGCAUUUCCCCAAGUUCUCCAUUUCUGGCUCCUAUGUAUUAGAUCAGAUUUUGCCCAGACUGGGCUUCAUGGAUCUGUUCUCCAAGUGGGCUGACUUAUCUGGCAUCACCAAACAGCGAAAACUGGAGGCAUCCAAAAGUUUCCACAAGGCCACCUUGGAUGUGGAUGAGGCUGGCACUGAGGCUGCAGCAGCCACCGGCUUUGCGGUCAAAUUCUUCUCUGCCCAGACCAGUCGCCAUGUCCUGCGGUUCAACCGGCCCUUCCUUGUGGUGAUCUUUUCCACCAGCACCCAGAGUGUCCUCUUUCUGGGCAAGGUCGUCGACCCCACGAAACCAUAGCCCUCCCAGGGCUGCUCAUCUGUUCCAAGCAGGAGGAUGCGGCAGGGGAGGGCUGGGUGUGAGUAGUUCUGUGUUUAGAGUGGGGACAAGGAAGACACCAAAGGUCCAGGAGUCCAGGACAGCAGGUGCUGGCCCGUGGGGAGUGGGGAGCGGCACUGAGAUGGGCAGGCGCUGGACAUUCCACACCCUGGCACUGUGCAGCCUCGGGCAAAGCAUCCAACCUCUUGGAGCAAGUUUCUGCCUCUGGAAAGGGGCGGGCCCUUUCCACAACAGGGCAGUUGUUCCGAGUAAACAACACGAUGCCA